CGCCUCAGCCCGGCUCGCGCCGUCGAGUGGCCCGGCGGCGGGGCGGGGGAAGUAGCUUCUGUCCGGCCGCCAGGACUCCCCGUGGCCGUCCUCCCGCGCGCCGUCCUCGCGUCCCGGGCGGACCUCCGCGAGGAGGCGGCGGGCCUCGGUGCGGGGCACUGGGCUGGUCGCGCGUUUGGACGAGACCGCGAGAAGGUGCCAGCCCUGUGGUGUGCAGCACUUCCUGGAAAGCUCACUUGGAAUUGCAAACGGCCGCGGAGCGUGCCCGUCCCGUGGGCUGCGGCCGAGGCGGGGACGGCGUCCGUCUUCUGGGGGCGUGCUCUCCUCUGCCGUGCUCUGGGCCCUGGAUCCCGGGAGGGGAGAGCAAGGUUGCGGGAUGAGGCGAGGUGUGAGAAUGACGUCGUGGGGGUUGAGGCUGGCAGUCCACGUCUGUGAAAAACAAAUUCAGCGUACAAUUAAAAUGACAACUUCUUGGAGUGAUCGGUUACAGAAUGCAGCAGAUAUGCCUGCUAACAUGGAUAAACAGGCCCUGAAAAAAUAUCGUCGAGAAGCCUAUCAUCGGGUGUUUGUGAAUCGAAGUUUAGCCAUGGAAAAGAUAAAGUGUUUUGGUUUUGAUAUGGAUUACACUCUUGCUGUGUACAAGUCCCCAGAGUAUGAGUCUCUUGGAUUUGAGCUUACCGUGGAGAGACUAGUUUCUAUUGGCUAUCCCCAGGAGCUGCUCAGCUUUGCUUAUGAUUCUACAUUCCCUACCAGGGGACUUGUCUUUGACACAUUAUAUGGAAAUCUCUUGAAAGUUGAUGCCUAUGGAAACCUCCUGGUCUGUGCCCAUGGAUUUAACUUCAUAAGGGGUUCUCAGGUACCUGCUCAGAAGAGACCAGAAACUAGAGAGCAGUAUCCAAACAAAUUUAUCCAACGAGAUGACACUGAAAGAUUUUACAUUCUGAACACACUAUUCAAUCUACCAGAGACCUACCUGUUGGCCUGCCUAGUAGAUUUUUUUACUAAUUGUCCCAGAUAUACCAGCUGUGAAACAGGAUUUAAAGAUGGGGAUCUUUUCAUGUCCUAUCGGAGUAUGUUCCAGGAUGUGAGGGAUGCUGUUGACUGGGUUCAUUAUAAGGGAUCCCUUAAGGAGAAGACGGUUGAAAAUCUUGAGAAGUAUGUAGUCAAAGAUGGAAAACUGCCUUUGCUUCUGAGCCGAAUGAAGGAAGUAGGGAAAGUAUUUCUUGCCACAAACAGUGACUAUAAAUACACGGAUAAAAUUAUGACGUACCUGUUUGACUUCCCACAUGGCCCCAAGCCCGGGAGCUCCCAUCGACCAUGGCAGUCCUACUUUGACCUCAUCUUGGUGGAUGCGCGGAAGCCACUCUUCUUCGGGGAAGGCACAGUCCUGCGUCAGGUGGACACUAAGACUGGCAAGCUGAAAAUCGGCACCUACACAGGCCCCCUGCAGCAUGGCAUUGUCUACUCUGGAGGGUCAUCUGAUACAAUAUGUGACCUGUUGGGAGCCAAAGGCAAGGACAUUUUAUACAUUGGUGAUCACAUCUUUGGAGACAUUCUAAAAUCAAAGAAACGGCAAGGCUGGCGAACUUUCUUGGUGAUUCCUGAACUUGCUCAAGAGCUGCAUGUCUGGACUGAUAAGAGUUCACUUUUUGAAGAGCUUCAGAGUUUGGAUAUUUUCUUGGCUGAACUUUACAAGCACCUUGACAGCAGUAGCAAUGAGCGCCCAGACAUUAGCUCCAUCCAGAGACGGAUUAAGAAAGUAACUCAUGACAUGGAUAUGUGCUAUGGGAUGAUGGGAAGCCUGUUCCGCAGUGGCUCCAGGCAGACACUCUUUGCCAGUCAAGUGAUGCGUUACGCUGAUCUCUAUGCAGCGUCUUUCAUCAACCUGCUGUAUUACCCAUUCAGCUACCUCUUCAGAGCUGCCCAUGUCUUGAUGCCUCACGAAUCAACCGUGGAGCACACGCACGUGGAUAUCAAUGAGAUGGAAUCUCCCCUUGCCACCCGGAACCGUACAUCAGUGGAUUUCAAAGAUACCGACUACAAGCGGCACCAGUUGACACGGUCGAUCAGUGAGAUUAAACCCCCCAACCUCUUCCCACUGGCUCCCCAGGAAAUUACACACUGCCAUGAUGAAGAUGAUGAUGAGGAGGAGGAAGAAGAGGAAGAGUAAGAAGGAACGCCCAAACUCUGAGCACCCGUUGAUCAAGAUCUGGCAGGACUCACAGGAGCACAGGCUGUCCCUGUCUGGGUUCUACUGGGGAGGAGGGGGGCUCCAUCAGAGGUACGUCAGCAAGUUUCUGAAGGCUUGAGUGUUCUAGCCCGAGAGCUGCUUGGUUUAGCUUUGUGUAUCUGUGCGCUGCAGAUGAUUCACAGUUGUAAUGGAGUCUGUAUAGGAAGAAAGUAAGGGUAAAAGGCUGGACUGCAUGCACGUGGCUUCACUGUGGCUUGUGGCACUGUUUCCUUGUCUUUUUUCAUCACUAGUGUACCUGCAUACAUUAAGGGUAGAGGGUCUCGGAGUGGACACAAGAGGAUUCUGUCCUGUUAAAAACUGUGCUGUUCUUCCCCAACCCCACUGUUCAGUGCAUUUCGCAGUAUUGUGUACCAGUGGAGAAAUACACUGUUUCCAUUAUGAAAUGUCUCCUGUUAAGGUCAAGUCUUCUUUUAUAAGCCUCUAAGUGUCCUCAGCAGCUCUGGUAAUGCUGCUCUUAUUAAUGGCUUUGCAGAAAUAUUCUCUGCUUGCUUUAGGGCUGGUCUGGAAUGGAGGACAGAUACUCUGAGGCCAAAGUCCUCAUCCUUUCCGUAAUUUUUAGGUUGGUGGAACAAAUGCUUAAUUAUCAAUAAAAAGCUUUUUUUUUCCAUUGGUAAUAAAUCUAUAGGAAAACUUUGGCUGAAAGAGGAGCAAACCAGAGAACCUUAUCUCACAGUGGAGUAUUCCAGACUCUUAUGGGCUACAGAGCUGUGGCUCCAACCACCAACCCGGAGUACCCUGUCCUGUAAAGCUGAGCACUAGAGGACAGGGCAAAGGCUCUGCAAGCCAGGCCCUUACUAGAGCCGGCACAAUCAAUGUGAGUAAAUUCACUUCCAAAUCCCGAGUGAAAUCACUUCUUGUUCUGAACAAGAAUGAAUCAUUACUGAAUGUGAUACAGAACUGCCUCACCAGUACAGUGAACAUUGUUCCAAUAUUUUUAAAAGUGGUGUAACUCUUCCUUUGACCUUUAUAUAUUUUUUCCAUUCUUGUUAUUAGCAAGGGAGGGUAGAUUAGCUGCUCUAGAAUUCAAUAAAGAAAAAUCUUUCUA